AUGUCCUUCAUUUACAGGCCAGUCAUGGCAUCCCGCAAAUCUUACCCCCUGUGGGUAAUCGUCCUUGGUGUGCUUGGAGUGGGGGCAGUGCUUGGGGUAACUAUUGGACUCUUAGUUCACUUUCUGGCAGUAGAAAACAAGGUCUACUACUAUCAGGGUAGCUUUAAAGUGCUGAAUAUUCCAUAUAACAGAAAUUAUGAGAGGGAGACAUCACCAGAAAGUAACGACCUCAGUGAAAUCCUCGAGACUAAAAUGGUUGAUGCCUUUCAAAAUUCUAACAUUUACAGACAAUAUAUCAGUUCUCAGAUCAUCACAUUGGUUCCUGAUAACAACAGCGUGACAGCACAUAUAUGGCUGGUGUUCAAGGAUCCCAGGUCAAACAAGGAAAACACAAGAAGGAGAAUUGAAAGCAUCUUACGUCAUAUGCUGGAGAACCACUCAGGAUCCCCUAUUACAGAUCCAAGGUCUUUGAUGCUCAUGGAAAUCAGUAAGGUUGAUGCUGAAAAGAUGAUCAACAACCGCUGCGGGAGACGACCAAGAAUGUCAGCAACCUAUGAUCGAAUCAAGGGAGGUUCCACUGCUCAGAAAGGAGAAUGGCCAUGGCAAGCAAGUCUCAGAGUGAAUGGCAGACAUUAUUGUGGAGCAUCACUAAUCGGGGCAAGAUUCCUGCUGACAGCAGCUCACUGCCUUCAAAGGACAAAUAAUCCAAAAAAUUUAACUAUUAGUUUUGGCACUGAAGUAACUCCACCCUACAUGCAACAUUAUGUUCAAGAAGUUAUUAUUCAUGAAAACUAUGUUAAGGGGGAACAUCACGAUGACAUUGCUGUUAUCAUGCUCACUGAAAGAGUUUUAUUCAAGAAUGAUGUUCAUCGGGUUUGUCUUCCGGAAGCCACAGAGAUUUUCCCACCAGGUGAAGGAGUCGUUGUUACAGGAUGGGGAGCGCUUUCGCACAAUGGAGAAUCCCCACUAUUACUUCAGAAAGCAUCUGUUAAAAUUAUUGACACAAACACUUGUAAUGCUGAAGAAGCUUACAAUGGCAGGAUACUGGACACAAUGCUCUGUGCUGGUUACAUGGAAGGCAAUAUCGACGCUUGCCAGGGUGACUCUGGAGGACCACUGGUUCACCCCAACUCUCGAGGUAUUUGGUACCUUGUUGGGAUAGUGAGCUGGGGACAUGAAUGUGGCAAAAUCAACAAGCCAGGGGUCUAUAUGAGAGUGACUGCUUACCGUGACUGGAUUGCCUCCAAGACUGGUAUCUAG